AGAGAAGCUUCUACACAACAAAAAGACCAAAAUGCAAAUGAAGAGCUGCUACACAGUAAUCAUGUAAUACCGAACGGUAGAUCGUAGAUCGUAAAUACUGCGGAAGAAAAGGGAGAUUAAUACCAUCGAACGAUCAAACAACAAUCUGUCUACGGUGGUAGCCAUGGACAACAUAAUCAACAAGCUUCGGAACUUGGAUGCUUACCCUAAGAUCAACGAGGAUUUCUACAGCCGUACACUCUCCGGUGGCGUUAUUACCCUCGCCUCAUCUAUUUUUAUGCUCUUGCUCUUCAUCUCCGAGCUCAGGUUAUAUCUCCAUGCUGUAACAGAAACAAAGCUUGUUGUAGAUACUUCAAGAGGAGAAACACUACGUAUCAAUUUUGAUGUCACUUUUCCUGCCCUUCCAUGUUCCAUACUCAGUCUUGAUGCCAUGGAUAUAAGUGGAGAGCAACAUCUUGAUGUGAGACAUGACAUAAUCAAGAAAAGAAUAGAUGCCCAUGGCAGUGUUAUAGAAGCAAGGCAGGAUGGGAUUGGUUCUCCUAAGAUUGAAAAGCCUUUACAGAAACAUGGAGGCAGGCUUGAGCAUAACGAAACGUAUUGUGGGUCAUGUUAUGGUGCAGAAGCGUCAGAUGAUGAUUGUUGUAAUAACUGUGAAGAAGUUCGUGAAGCAUACCGGAAGAAAGGUUGGGCGAUGUCAAAUCCAGAUUUGAUUGACCAGUGCAAGAGAGAAGGUUUUCUGCAAAGGAUUAAAGAUGAAGAAGGUGAAGGGUGUAAUAUAUAUGGAUUCUUGGAAGUUAAUAAGGUUGCUGGGAAUUUCCAUUUUGCACCUGGGAAAAGCUUUCAACAAUCAAAUAUUCAUGUACACGAUCUGCUGGCAUUUCAAAAGGAUAGCUUUAAUAUUAGUCACAAGAUCAACAGGUUAGCUUUUGGAGACUAUUUCCCUGGUGUUGUGAAUCCUCUCGAUGGUGUGCAAUGGAUACAGGCAACUCCAAGUGGGAUGUAUCAGUAUUUCAUCAAGGUUGUACCCACUGUAUAUACACAUGUGAGUGGGCACACUAUCUCAACAAAUCAGUUCUCUGUUACAGAACAUUUUAGGAAUGCAGAACUAGGUCGCCUUCAGUCUCUUCCUGGAGUUUUCUUCUUCUAUGACCUUUCUCCAAUCAAGGUGACUUUCACAGAGGAGCAUGUGUCAUUCUUGCACUUCCUAACAAAUGUCUGUGCCAUAGUUGGAGGUGUUUUCACUGUUUCAGGGAUAUUAGAUUCCUUCAUAUACCAUAGUCAAAAGGCAAUCAAGAAGAAGAUAGAAAUUGGUAAAUUUAGUUGAUGACUAAUUCGUUCAGCCUCCUUUGCUGCCGUGUUUUUGGUUGGUUUGGAGAGGACCUACUUUAGAGAAGAGAAACUGUGAAUGACUCUCCCUGCAGGGUUGGCGGGCUUCUUUUGAACACAACUUAGGUUUUUCCAUGUGAUCUGUUUGAUCAGUGAAUUAGAUUAAUUUUCUGUUCCGCAUUAAUAUUUACUACCACCUCUUUACCUAGUGUUUUCAGUUAUUUGUAAUUGUACCAAUGAUGUGAAUAUCUGUUUGGAAGAUAAGAGAGAUUUAUCAUUUUUCUCA